ACCUCCCUUGUUUGGGCAGCACUGAAAAUGCGAAAAAUCGCACAUUUCUUUGUCGGAAUUUUCUUGUAAUGUCGGAUUUCUCGUCAAAGUGAAAAUAAAUUUUCGCUAUUAGUGUGAGGUCUUUGUCUUAAAAAUAAUUAAAAGGCGUUGAAAAUUAAGUCCGUCUUUUCCGAAGAAACAAAAAAUAUGCCUGCAGUUGUACGCAUUAAACGCAGAAUCGAUGAAGAGCCUCUAAGUGCCUUCAUAUUGAACAGCAAAAAGCGACGCCGUUUAGAUAAUGUGGUUGAGGAAGAGCUACAAGCGGAAGAAGGCGCAGCUGCUGCAGGCGAAGGAAAUGACAAAGAUGGCGAAAUUUCGACAAUACUUAAAUUUGCGGGCACGAUACAGGAGCAGGAUAACAGCGCGACCACACAAUUAGCGCGUCUUACAAAAGAGGCUGCCAAAGAGCUUGUACUGCAGAAAUCACUGCGAACACCAAGUAAUCACACCGAACGCGCACGACAGGAAAUGCGACAAGCUUUACAUGAGAGUCGCUUUCGUGUAGUUAAUUGCAUGCGCACAACACUUGAAGACACAGAUGCUACAGAAGCGGCUGCAAAGGAAGUGACAAUUGUCGAUAUUGAAAAGCAGGAAACAAGCGGACGUACAUCUACCACGGCGACAUCAGCAGCUGGACAAUUAGAUUUGCACCAAAAUACAGUGCAACAGCAGAGAGAAGCCGUAAAUUCGGAAGCACAGCCAGAGUCGCAGGUAUUAGCCAGCAAUAAUACGCAACAAUCGACUGAUUCCGACACUGGUUAUGUGUACGACUUGUAUUUGCCAGAUAAUGAAUUACAAGUGGAGUAUGCCGAUAUGAUGGACGAUAACUAUCUAAGUAUUCGUCCUUGCGAUGGCCUUGUCUAUGAGGAUCAUUUUAAUGAUGAUGAUGAGGAAGGGGAUUCUGAAGAUUCGAAUAAUGAAAAUUACUAUACAAAUGAUUAUCCCGAUGAAGACGAUGACAAUGAAGAUUAUAAGGAUUCUUAUGAUCAUGAUGACAUUGAUGCCAUGGCACUGGGUAUUAGGCGUAUGCGAGUUGGCACUGAUCACGAUUACAUACAUACCUUCGAUGGUGACGAUACCAGUAUGUCCGAAUUUGAAGAAUCCUCUGAUGAUGUUUACUAUGAUGAUGUAGACUACAUUUAUGGCCAAAGUCAUGUGCGAGUGCAUGGCAUUGGCGAUGUUGAUAGUGAUGGUGAUGACACCGAUGAUGUGGACUAUUAUGAUGCUGGCGGUAAUAGCGAUGAUUCAGAUGCCUAAAUCUACUAUACGGUUUUCCGCUUAUUCGUAUUGAGUCUUCUUUAUUUAACUAUUUAAUUUAACCUUUCUGAAUAUUUAAAUUGUAUUUGUAUUGUCAUUUCCACACAAACUUAAAAUAUUCUCCAAUAAGACUUGAUAAUAUUGAAUAUACAUACCUAAAUAAGCAUAAAUGAACUAAAAUAAUAAUAGCUGUUGUACUUGUAUCGGAUCGAAUGAGCUAUUGACGCCAGUCAUUGAAAAUUGCUGUUGCUAAAACUAACUAAUAGUUUCUUGGUUCUAUUCUAAGACAGGAGAUGUGCUGUUAACACUGGCUAGUAGAAAACUUUACUUCCAUUAACAAAGUAGUUUUUUUGUAAGGACCUUCUAUAUUUUAACUUUGCUUCGUUUAAAUUUGUGUUGUGUAAAUAAAUACCGCCAAAAUAAAACUUCAAAUUGCAAGCUUCA